UAAAUAAAAAAUAAUUGAGCAUAAAAUUAGCCGGGUCGACGUUGAAGGCGCAAAGCCCGAAUUCUACAACGUGUGCUUCCAAUCGGAGCCCGAAUUAACAAAUCCUUCGGCCUUUUAGUAUUUUUAUUGGUUUCAUCUCAAAAUCAAAUUUAGUUGGAAUUUCGAAUUCGGAGAGAAUCACCCGCCCGAUUUCAUGGCGGCCUCAUCCCCAGUCAAGAGCAGCAGCGGCGCCACCGACGUCUCCGCGCCGCCCUCCUCCAAGAGCCUCCGCGGCCUUAACAAACCCAAGUGCAUCAAGUGCGGCAACGUGGCGCGCUCUAGAUGUCCAUAUCAGUCAUGCAAGAACUGCUGUGCAAAGGCACAAAAUCCUUGUCAUAUACAUGUUUUGAAAGGCAACUCAUCCUUUCCAGACAAACCACCCUCUACCAGCUCUCCUCUCUUUGACCAGCAAUUGUCUGAAGCAUCUCAUUCAGGGAGUUUCAACAGACUUCGCCAACUUUCCAACAACUUUGCGCAGUUCAGUAACUUACAGACAUCAUUUCGGUCGAGGAAGCCAUUGACCAAAAAGGAUGCACAAGUCAUCAACGAAUGGAGGUUCUCGAAGUUGAAAGAAUUUAGGGAUGGAAAUAUUGAAUCAGAGAGUGAAGCUUUUGACAGAUACAUGCAAAAUGUUGGUUUACUGGAAGAGGUUUUUCGGGUGAGCUCCGAGUUUGAUGAGCAGAACAAUGAAAGGAUGGUUCAUGAGUUGAAGUUGAAGCUUAGAUCAAAUCCAGCAACGACUGACAACUUGAGAAAAAGGAUCCAAUACAUUGUAGAUCAAGGAUUGAAGAAAGUAGGAAAGCCGGACGAUGCCAGUGAUACAGAAGGAGAGGGGGGAACGACCAAAAAGAUCAAGUCUUUGCAGGGCGAGAAAGCAACAGCCUUAGUUGAUCUCAAUGAUAAAUUAAACAAAGCACGAAACGAGGAUGAGCUGAAAGCGUGUUGGGAGAUGGUGUCUCAGGUGUUCCAGUGGAAUACGAAGAAGAGCGAUGAGGAAGCUGCAGGUGAGUCUGCUUGCAGGGAAAAUGAUGAUUCAUCUACCAAACAAGAAUCCCAUUUUUUCCCACCAAAAUGGGUAAAUCCAGUCACAAUUGAUCAACAAGCUCUUUGCCAAAUCGAUGCACAAUUUUCUUCCCUCGAGGAGGUACACAAUUUGUAGGUUGAGUUUGCUUCCUUUCACGCAGACUGUAUUCUACCUCACAGAUAGUUUAUUGCAGUGAAUUUAGUGUAAAAUGCCUAAGUAUGAUGUUUUGAUUCCUUGAAUUUAGCCAAUACAUUGGCAUUAAGUAAUAAGUUAGAAUGAGAUUUAAUUUUGGUGA